CAUCACUUCUCGGCCUAUAAAGUCACAAGGCUACGAGUAUCUGAUAGUUCCGCAGUCGGCUUGAACCCGAAUAAUCAGUCUACCUGCCGCCGCAGAGCUCGAGUAGUACAUCCUGGGAGCGCAUCGCUCGGUAGGGGAAUGUCAACUCUGCCGACAGGUCUACAGGUAUUUCCUGGUCAACCCGUUUCAAAUGGACAGGCUUUACCUGGCUUUCGAAGGUUACUGGUCGAUGGGGUUCGCUACUUGAUCUAUGCUACGACCUCGGGUAUCGUCUUCUACACCGCUGCCUUGGAAUACGUCUCAACAUUCCCGUUUCCCUCGGAAUCUACCUACGGAGCGAGCAAUAACGGUGAUCAUCGGGAACAGGGAGAAAGCUAUCUCGGCUUCGAUGUCGAUCAACAUGGAAGUAUCUUGCUUUGGAGGAACCGAAAUGUCUGGAUCAUCCGAUCAGACACGGCAACAACUGCCAGCGAUACGAAAGUAGGAGCCGGAAUCCCUCUGAAGUGGAAGCUGCACAGUGAGAUCCGGUCGCAGCAUCCUAUACGUAAAGCCCAGCUCGUCCAAAAUACGAUCCUGUUGCAACUCGACCGUCCGAGCAUCUCGGUCGAGGUGUGGAAGCUGAAACCGAGUCUGAGUUUCCCGGUGUGGGAGCGCAAGACGAUAAUAGGGCUACAUGCGCCUCUCGUAUCGCUGGUCCUGUCGCCAUGUCAAACUCAUAUCGCUUAUUGUCAACAAGGCGAGCCAAUAGCACAUAUACAGCCUUUGAAUCCGCAAGGACAGCUGGCGGGCAGGUUGCAGACGCUGCGGCAUCCUGGAAAGGACGGCCUCAGAGGACUCUGUUGGCGAGGUCAGGACGUCUCGUGGAAUGCUCAAGGUGCUGAUAUCAUCGACGACAGUCAACCAGCACUUUUCACGUUCGAUGCUCGGAACACGCUGAGAUUAUACACGCCGAUCGUCGAUGCCCCGAGCUACUUCCAAAUGGUAUUCGCUCACCGCCUUUCAGCUCUGGACGUACCGAACGGCCUGGACAUCAGAAAACAGGGCGAGGAGAUCAAACCUUCGGGAUUCAAUCGGGAUCGCGCUUACAACCCCUACACGAUCUCAUCGUCCGGAAGUGGAGACGAGAUAUACUGGGUGGAUCGCUCGCACAACAUAAGAAGCGUACGUUUCGAGGGUUUUGAGGCGAAGCCGCCUUCGGUCCUGCGGAUAGGAGCCGAGAAGGUGUGGAAAUUGGCCCAAUCUUCUAGCGAUACGGUCGACGCAUCCCUAGCGACACAGGUGGUCGCGGUGGAUCUAGAUUCUACCCAUGUUCUCGUCUCGGAGACAGACGCUAUGAACAACUUAACACACCUGAAGCGGGUUGAUCUGGAACUGGGAGGAUGCCGCGCCUCGAAGCGCAUCUUUUUGGGGCUUGGUCACGAACAGAAGGGGAUAUGGCGAGAAGACCGGCUCGGAAAGGUCCUUACGGUCACUGGUCAGGGUGUUUGCGGAAUCUGGGAUGCCAAGGCAGGCUCAUCGUUGCAGUUAAAGGCGACUCUGAACCUGCUUGCCGAAACGGAGACAAUAGACGCUUUAUGCUUGCUGGAGCAUGAAGGACCGCUCGUCUACUCUUCUGACACUCAACUUCGGGCAGUGAACCUCCAAACAGGCGGUCUUGUGUGGGAAUUGGACAUCUCGGAAGGAUGCGGAGUCAAGAAGUUGCUCAACAUCAGAAGGUUGGAAGACAGGAGUCUGCUUCUGACGGCACAACAAGGCAUAGCCAUGCGAGCCAUAUUCGGCGAUACGAUCACUGCAAUACCUCAAGUCGAGAUGUUCGAUCCGCGACCAACGUUAUCGGGUGUGUACAGGCCCGUCUCGGACAAGGAGGAAUGUCGCAUCGUGCAACCAGCUGGACCUCUGGUUAUCGGCGAACAAGGACGCGACGAUAUUCUCGUGGCAACGAAUGACGGACGAUUGUUAUGGACCCACAUUGCUCAGACCGACAUCGUCAUAGCGCGCAGUCUGCGAAUAGCAUCGGAAAACAUGGAUCUUCUGGCUGUUGCUGGGCGGCGCAAAGCUGCUUGUGUCAGUGACGGUGAAUUGCUCAUUUGGGACGUCGAGGAUGCCAUGUAUGCGAAUGCAGCGGAACACGUCGAGACAUUGCCAGGGGAGAUACUUGCGCUGUCAUGGUCCUCCUAUGAUGAGAAUCUGCUACUGGCCGUGGGUACCCCUCAAAACGUCAGGGUGCUAUUUCAAGGCCGGACGGAUUCGGACCAGCUCAAUACUGCAUGGUCUACGCUCUUCAUGAUCGAUGUCACCUGCAUCUCCCCAUACCCGCUGUCCGGAUUCACGUUCAUGCCCGGGGGUCAAUUGGUCCUUUGCACCGGGACGCAAGUUUCGACAUUGGACCUUACAAGGGCCGAUCUGGAAAGACUGCGACGAGGGCGCACAUGUCUUCCCGACUUCCAUCGCUUCCAUCUGGAGCAGUGUAUUGUGUGGAAUCGCGAAGCGGAAUUGCAGGAUAUUCUCGCUCGGCUAAAUUCCGCGCUCGAUGGCAAGCAGGAGUACCAAGCGUUGUCUCCCGAGAGCUUCUGGAACGAGGGAGAGAAGGUUGCAUUGAUCCAGCCUCGAGAGGAUAGAGGCGAUAUGCUGAAUUCAUCUAGACAAAACAAGAGCAACUUCACCGAGCAAGACGCACUGCUGACCGGAAGGGAAGACCGAUACCCCCUGCUGAACAACCAGUCUCUCAGUCCCCUUGGUUGGUCCCGCAAGCAAAUUCGGGGCAUCGAACGUAUGUGUGCGGUGGUCAAGGUGCUUGACAAGGAAGAAAUCCGUAUCGACAGCUUUGGCAAGAAGUAUCUUUCUGCACUAUACAUGCGUGCAUCGGGUCCUUCACGCCCAUCGGUUCCGUUCCGCUAUGUAGUAUGGGCGGUGCAUAGCCGGAGACAAGCAGACCUACUUCGGGCCAGUACACAAUACUGGGAACAAGAUCGGUUGACGUGGACCGAAGCGAAGCGUAUGGGGACUCCGUUCUGGCUAAGCGACAUUGAAACCCUGCGUGGGCAUGCGGACCAGAUCGCCCGGAACGAGUUUCUGUCUUCGGAGCGAGACCCGAUUUCUUGUUCACUACUGUACUUUGCGCUCGACAAAAAGGCCACUGUGUACGGUCUAUGGAGACAAGCAUAUGGGCACAAGGAACAGCAGUCCAUGCUCAAGUUUCUCUCGAACGACUUUACUCAGGAGAGAUGGAAGGGCGCUGCUCUCAAGAACGCUUAUGCGCUCCUCAGCAAACAACGUUAUCAAUACGCCGCAGCCUUCUUCAUGUUAGCAGGGCAACCUAGAGACGCCAUUCGUAUCUGCCUUCGCCAAAUGAAUGACCUCGAAAUGGCCAUCAUGCUCGCCCGGAUAGCAGAUUACCGGACAGAGCACCCCGGAGACUAUGCACCAACUCUGCUCGAGCUGGACAAGCAAGACGAACCGCGACCCGUCCCAGUUUGCGGGGAAAUGUUACGAGAGGUCAUCGAGACUACGGUCUUGCCAGACGCACGAAAAGUCGGCGAUCGAUGGUUGAGUCACUGGGCCUUGUGGAACUUGGGUCAAAGGAGCUUGGCGAUCCGGCAUCUGACCUUGCCUCUGCGCGACGUCGGCAUGGAGCCUGAAGAUGCGGACAACCGGAUUCGGGGCGUUUUGAGCGGAUCUGCCGACUGGAUGUCGUUGUAUUACGAUCUCCGUCGGCGGUAUUUUGAAUCUGGAAAUAGCGCGUCGGACAGCAAGUCUAUGGGAGAGACGGAUACAUGGCUCACGCGAGCAGAAGAAUGGGACAUGGUACGGCAUAGAUCGCAGCGACUUUGGGCGAUGGGCUUCUGGAGCUUGUCAUUGGCCAUCAUAAGAGACUGGAAGUUCGUCGCAAUUGCUCAGCCUAAACAGCACCGCCAGACCAAAGACCAAGGCGACACGCCAGAGAUUGAGCGAGUCACGGCGGCGAGUACGGAAGACGCUUCGAGCCAGACACUUAGUACGGCAGGAAAACCGGCAGAGAAUGAUGAAGGUUCGAAGGAUUCGCCCAAGAUAGCGCCUGCUAAGCUUUCUCUGUUCAAGGAGAACGCAGUCGUUGUGGAUUCGAAAGAGAGCCAGGGCGCGAUGGAGUUUGACAUGUCAUCGUUCUUCUGAAACAGCACUUUCGAACGACUGUCUAUCAAAUAAAUGAUGCUUGCGCGCGCGUUUGACAGAUGGCCGAUGACGUGUCUGUUCGAGCUGAAGCGAUUACGAAGCGGGCGACCUCGUUUCCCCCGUGGUUCACAUUCAUCAUCAGAGUUGCAG